AUCCCUCCCAUUCAUUUCACCUUGAAAACAACAUAAACCUUCACCCCAAAACCCCCCCUUUUCUUCUUUCUCUUCAUCAAGUCUCAAAUAUACAGAUAUAGAUACAGAUCAAUAGAUACAUGAAAUAUGUAUAAUCGAUUUACAAAAAACAGAAACAAGUUGUUACAACGAAACAGUUACACAUCCAAACACACCAAUUCCAUUCUUUCCUUCCUUCUCAUAACUUCUUUCAUAAUCUUAAUCGCAUUCAUUUCAAACCACAAUCCAAACACACCAAAUCCUCCUUUCAAACCAACUCUCAUUAUUCCCCACCCACAUUCCCAUUCUCACCUAAUCCAAUCACUAAACGCCGUCGUUUUACACCAAACUCCAUCUCAAAAAUCCAAUAAUCUUCUAAAACUAUACAUAUAUGAUUUACCUUCCAAAUACAACACCGAUUGGCUUAAAAACAACAAUAAUAAAUGUAGGAAUCAUUUAUUUGCAUCAGAAGUUGCCAUACAUGAAUUCUUGUUAAAAAGUCAUGUACGGACGUUAGAUCCAUAUGAGGCUGAUUUUUUUUAUGUUCCGGUUUACGUUUCGUGUCGUUUUAGUAGUGAUAACGGAUUUCCGGUUAUCAGUCAUGCACGUGCGUUGAUUUCGUCGGCGAUUGACGUCAUCUCGUCGGAGUUUCCGUUUUGGCGACGGAGUAAUGGCUCCGAUCAUGUGUUUGUUGCCUCUCAUGAUUACGGUGCCUGCUUUCAUGCAAUGGAAGAUAGAGCUGUGGCGAAUGGAAUACCAGAAUUCAUGAAAAACUCGAUAAUAUUACAAACAUUCGGUGUUAAAUACCGUCACCGGUGUCAGGACGUUGAGCAUGUCGUUAUUCCGCCUUACGUUUCGCCGGAUAAAAUCAGGUCAACGCUGUUAAAGUAUCCGGUCAACGGUCGUCGUGACAUUUUCGCGUUUUUUAGAGGCAAAAUGGAAAUUCAUCCGAAAAACGUUAGCGGGCGUUUUUACAGCAGGCGUGUAAGGACGGAUAUAUGGAAGAAGUAUGGAAACGACAAAAGGUUUUAUUUGAAACGGCGACGCUUUGAUGGAUAUUUGAAUGAAAUGGCGAAAUCGGUGUUUUGUUUGUGUCCACUUGGAUGGGCCCCAUGGAGCCCAAGGUUAGUGGAAGCGGUAGCGUUAGGAUGUGUGCCGGUGGUUAUCGCCGACGGGAUACGGAUGCCGUUGGAGUCUGCCAUCCCUUGGCCGGAGAUUUCCAUCACGGUGGUGGAGAAAGAUAUCGGAAAGUUGGGCGGAAUACUCGAAGACGUGGCGAAAACUAAUUUAUCAACUAUUCAGAAAAUUUUGUGGGACCUGAAAGUGAGGAGGAGUUUAUUGUAUCAUGAUGACGUGGUAAAGGGUGAUGCAACGUGGCAUAUACUUGCUGCGUUGUCUGAGAAGUUGGUCAGGUCACACAGUAGAACAAGUGUUUUGAGCGAAUGAGGUGCUUACAUGUGGGUGAUAUGGCAUUUUGAAUGAUGACGUGGAUUGAAAUACAGCUAGAUAUUGAUGGUUUAUUACUGGGCCGGGUUUGAUGGUGAUUCAGAUAAUCAGAUGGACAGUAUAACGGAAGGAUGUGAGAAAAAAUCGGUGGGUGGAGUGGUCCUCUAGUGGAGCUUCAUUUGUUGAAUAUCUAGGUGAUUUUCAUUCAUUGUAAAAAAUCGAUCGGUUUAAUUUGGACCCAAAUGGCAAUCUGAAUUCGAUCUAAUCGUUUUUUCAAAACAAGAGGACGGAGCUUUAUUGAAAUCGCGAAGAAACAAUAAAUGAUGGAUAAAUACGACUCUUUUGGUAUAAAUAUUUGGGCUACGUUUUAUGCUCGUGGUGUAUAUUAAUUGAUA